AUGGCGGCGAUUUUCGGGAAGAUUUUCGUGGGCAUUUACGUGGAGAUAAAGCGAAGCGACGGCCGAAUACACCAGGCUAUGGUCACAUCCCUGCAUGAAGACAACGAGAGUGUGACGGUGGAGUGGAUCGAGAACGGGGACACUAAAGGGAAGGAGAUCGACCUGGAGAGCAUCUUUGCUUUGAAUCCAGAUGUUGCUCCUGAUGAAGAAAUACCUCAGAGUCCCGAAGCUCCUGUUCCUCCGUCCAGCGUCACCAAAACCAGCAAAGUUCCCAAGACCAAACGGAUCACAGCGAUACCUAAGCCUGAAAAUGCUCCACGGGAGAACAGAGCUGCAGCAGUGGGAACCACCCGGGCCCGUCCCAGUCAGCACAGCCAAGCUGCAGAACCACCUCCGCCCUCCAUCACUCCCCAGCAGGCUGUAAAAGAGUCUCUGCUGCAGCAGCAAAACGCACGCAGGAAAUCCAACUGUGUGAAGGAGGUGGAGAGGCUGCAGGAGCAGAGGGAGAAAAGGCGUCUCCAGCAGCAAGAGCUUAGAGAGAAGAGGGCCCAGGAGGUUGACGUUAAUCUACCAAACUAUGAGAUUAUGUGCAUGAUCAGAGACUUCAGGGCCAGCCUGGAUUACAGACCUCUAACAUCCAAUGAUGCUAUUGAGGAGCACAGAAUCUGUGUGUGUGUUCGUGCACGUCCACUUAAUAAAAAAGAGUUGUCCGUUAAGGAUCUGGAUGUGAUCACCAUUCCCAGUAAGGACGUGGUGAUGGUCCAUGAGCCCAAGCAGAAAGUGGACCUGACCCGCUACCUGGAGAAUCAGACUUUCCGGUUCGAUUACGCUUUUGACAGGAACUCAACCAAUGAAAUGGUUUACAGGUUUACAGCUCAGCCACUGGUUGAGACAAUUUUUGAAAGAGGGAUGGCGACCUGCUUCGCCUACGGACAAACCGGAAGUGGGAAAACACACACAAUGGGAGGGGACUUUUCAGGAAAGAACCAGGACUGCUCUAAGGGAAUCUACGCACUGUCAGCCAGAGAUGUUUUUCUCAUGUUGAAGAAACCUGUUUAUAAGAAGUUGGAUCUGCAAGUUUUUGCCACAUUUUUUGAGAUUUACAGCGGAAAGGUGUUUGACCUGCUAAACCGCAAAGCCAAAUUACGAGUCCUGGAGGAUGGGAAGCAGCAGGUGCAGGUGGUAGGGCUGCAGGAGAGGGAGGUGAAAUGCACCGAGGAUGUCCUCAAACUCAUCGAAAUGGGAAACAGCUGCAGGACUUCCGGUCAGACCUCAGCUAACGCUCACUCCUCUCGGAGCCACGCUGUGUUCCAGAUCAUCCUGCGGCGACGGGGUAAGAUGCAUGGAAAGUUCUCCCUCAUAGACCUGGCAGGGAACGAGAGAGGGGCGGACACGUCCAGCGCCGACCGACAGACCCGACUGGAGGGAGCCGAGAUCAACAAGAGCCUGCUUGCAUUGAAGGAAUGCAUCCGAGCCCUCGGCAGAAAUAAACCCCAUACUCCGUUCAGAGCCAGCAAGUUGACCCAAGUCCUGAGAGACUCCUUCAUUGGAGAAAAUUCAAGAACAUGCAUGAUAGCAACUAUUUCCCCUGGGAUGGCCUCCUGUGAAAAUACGUUAAAUACUCUAAGAUAUGCCAACAGAGUAAAGGAGUUUGGAAUAAGCCCUUCAGAUAUUCCCUUUUCCCAGACCGGUGGUGGAGGAGGGCGCUCCGAGCUCUCACCUACUUACGAGAUGAAGAAUGUCACAGUGGACCCUGCAUCAGAACUGGAUUGUCAUGAGGAAGGACACAUCACCCAGCUGGAAGUACUGGAGGCUCAGUGGGGGGUGGGGAGCUCUCCGCAGAGAGACGACCUGAAGCUGCUCUGCGAACAGAACGAGGAAGAGGUUUCUCCACAGCUCUUCACCUUCCAUGAAGUUGUGUCUCAGUUGGUGGAGAUGGAGGAGCAGGUGCUGGAGGACCACAGGGCUGUGUUCCAGGAGUCGAUCCGCUGGCUGGAAGACGAGAAGGUGCUUCUGGAAAUGACAGAGGAGGUGGACUACGACGUGGAAUCAUAUGCAACCCAGCUGGAGCAGAUCCUGGAUCAGAAGAUAGACAUUCUGACUGAGCUGAGGGAUAAAGUCAAAUCUUUCCGCUGUGCUCUCCAAGAAGAGGAACAAGCUAGCAAACAAAUAACCCCCAAGAGGCCUCGAGCGCUAUAAACGUACCCACGGUCCUCGCUGCUCCUCAGACAGGUGCAGUCCUGCUGUGAUGACAUCACUGUACAUGAAGGAAGCGAUAAACUCAGAAAAGAUUUCCACCAUCCGCUGCUCCCGCAUUUAUUUUUCCUUCAUUCAUCCGUCCUGUUGAACAUAGGAGCUGACAGGCUCCUUUGUUUUAGGUGUUUCAGAGAGGUUUGUAUGGAAGGCCCAUUUUGAAUUAAUUCAUGUUCUUUCCAUUGUCAUCUGUUAUCUAAUAAACGGCAGAGCCUGCAGUGUUUUAUGCGGUAGUUAUACGUCACCUUGGCUUUUCUUUACAGCAAAACACAUUUGAAGCUAAUUAGCAUCACUUCUGGCCCUAAACUGUAAUUAAGGAAUGAUCUGAGACCCUAGGACAGGUGAUUGAUGGAAAUUGACAUUACAGAAAGAUUAAUAUCUACUUAUACUUGAAAAUAUUUGGUGUACAAAACAAACUAGUAUUUAGAACCAUCCUUUUUAUAUCUCUUUAAUUUAUUAGGAAUAUCAUCUAUAUUGUGACUUUUA